AUGUCAUUCAGAAAGAGAAGUGAUAUUAUUGGCACCCCUGGAGCUCCUGGAAUCCUGCGUGGUGCCCCCCUUCCUGGUAGAGGGAUCCCUGGUGGAAUUCCUGGAGCAGUUCCAGGUAGAUCUUCCAUCAUUAUGGGAGGAGGUAGAAUUCUUUCUGGAUCUAGACCACCAGCAAAUACGGCAAAGGAAGAUGAAAUAACCAAGAUCUUACAACAUCCAGGUGUUAAGCCAUCACUCAUCACAUCUCGUCCUACAGUAUCCACGGGAUCUCUGGAUUUAGAUAAAAUACUUUUACAUCUGGGACUCCCAUUAGGAACUUCAUUACUUGUAGAAGAAUCAGGUACCACCGAUUUUGCAUCGAUUCUUCUCCGAGUUUUCGCUUCACAGGGGGUCAUGCACAAUCGACUCAACGACAAAAGAAAUAUCAAUACCCACGUGAUAGUGGUUGGUUUCCAACAAGAAUGGGCCAAGGAAUUACCAGGAUUGUACAAGGGAUCAUCCAAAGAACAAAAGAAGGCCAAGAUUGCCGCUAACGAGUCUAAAUUGAGUAUAUCAAACUUGUCCAAUUCCACUGCGGGAACAACUGCACGUUCAGAUAAAGAUUUAAAGAUUGCUUGGAGAUAUGGAUUAAAUAAGAAGCCAGAAGAUGCAGACGACACAGAAGUUUCAUCAGGAGGUGCCAAGGAUGACUACAAUCAUCAAUUUGAUAUAACUCAGCGGUUGGUACCAACUCCAGCAAGUCAAGAAGUGACGUUUGUCCCCGUCAAUGAUCAAUCAGAUCGUAUUAUCAAACAAAUAGAACUGAUUCUUGUAAACCAACUCAAGUCUGAUCUGUCGAAAGUUAUCCGUUUAGUGAUUCCAAACUUCCUUAAUCCUUCCAUAUACCCACCUACAUUUUCUUCACCUCAAGUAAUGAUGCCAUUCAUGCAUUCACUUCGGUCUCUUUUACGUAAAUAUCUGAAUAAUCUCGUGGCGAUUUCUUCCAUCUCACUUGAUUUAUAUCCAAAAGAUACCAAUCUGACAUUCAACCUUGAAACUUUGGCUGAUUCUGUCAUUCAAUUACAACCAUUUAACCAGGAAAUGUCUCAACUCAUAGAAAAGGCUUACAAAAACGAACCCGCAAAGAUUCAACAUGGGUUGGUACACAUUGUCAAGGUUCCGAUUUUAUCAGAAAGAGGAUUAAUGAUGGUCCAUGAUGGUGAAUAUGCCUUUAGAAACGGUAAAAAGAAGUUUGAAAUUGAACCAUGGGGUAUUCCAGUUGAUGACGAUUCUAAAGAUGAAGAGAAACAAACUACAAAGAAUAUCGAGUUUUAA